AUGGAUCUUGAUGAUACGACGACUGUUCCUGAAGAAGUUCAUACUUCAGUAGAUGAAGUUCGUAAAGCCGAAGAGAAGGCACGAGAAGAACGUCUUAAAGAAGAAAAAAAAAUCAAACAACAUGCUCAUGAAGAAGCUAAAAUUGUGAAAGAAGCAAUAAAAGAUAGUUUAGAAAAGAGAGAUCAAAU